AUGAGUUCAGGGCCUCAAAACCCACAUAAAAUCCCAGGUUUGAAGGUUCCCAGCUGUAAUCACAGUGCUGCAGAAGCAGAGGCAGCUCAUAUUCCAGGCAUCCCAGCCACGAUGGGAGUGGGUGGUGCUAUAAAAGCAAGGCCACACAAGGUAGAUCGAAGAGUUGUGGAUUCCAAGAAAGCUGUGUCAAGAGGAGACUCUCAAAGACCACAUGCUCACUUAACUAUGACAAAGAUCUUUGUUGGUGGUACUAAAAAAAAUACUGAAGAAGGUCACCUGCAAGAUUAUUUUGAACAGCAUAGGGAAACUAAAGUCAUUGAAGUCAUGACUGACAGAGGCAGUAGACAAAGGAGGAGCUUUGUUUUGUUACCAUUGAAGAUCCAUGACUCCAAGAAUAAAGCUGAUAUUGAGCAAUACCAUUCGAUAAAUGGCUACAACUGUGGUAUAAGAAAAGCCCUGUCAGAACAAGAGAUAGCUAGUGCUUCAUCCAGUCCAGGAGGCCAAAGCAUUUCUGUAAACUUUGGAGGUGGUUGUGGGGACAAUGAUAAUUUAGGUGGAGGAAGAAAUCUCUGUGGUUGUGGUGGCUUCGGCUAUAGCCAGGGUAUAACUAAAAUGGAUUUGUUAGUGAUGGAAGCAAUUUCAGAUGUGGGAGAAGAUACAAUGUUCUUGGCAGUUAAAAGAACUAGUCUUCAAACUUUGGAGCAAUGA